UGAUAGAACAAGGUCAAAUCAGCGAAAAAAAAUAUAUAAAAAAUAUGAUAUAAAAUAAAUAAUAAAGAGCAGUAGAAAGUGGAACAUGAAAUGCGUGCAUAACAUAGAACCGAGCUCAGCAUAAAAUACAUAUUGGUCUCUCGCGAAUUCAUUCACAAUUUUGAUUUCAUUGAGUUAACAUCAACUUUUUUUCUAUUCUGUCGAAUUUAAUUUUUUUUAUUUGACUUGUGCGAUUGUAAGGAAUAAGAGUUCUUAUCUUAACCAACUGACACUGUAAUUUGUUCUCUAUCAAAAUUCCGAAAAAGUGGAUAGAACGUUUUAUCAUCGACUUAUUGCCGUGUGGAUCAAGUAAUAGUAAUCCAGCGACAAUGACAACUACUUGUGAAGAUAAUAAUCUAAACAAUGCUGACAGCGAGACAUUCUCCAUCUCAAAUUACCGUCGCGACUCGUCACAUUGCUUCUAUCAAAAUCGAGUUAUACAACCUUUACUCACUGAUCUAUAUCAAAUUACUAUGGCUUAUGCUUACUGGAAGUCUGGCAAAACUCAUGAUGUUGCUGUCUUUGACUUAUUCUUUCGAAAUAAUCCAUUCCAUGGAGAAUUUACAAUUUUUGCUGGUCUUGAAGAGUGCUUGAAGUUCUUGAAGAACUUUCAUUAUUCAGUUGGAGACAUAAAUUAUUUAAAGACAGUCCUUCCAGAUGGCGUUGAGGAGGAGUUUUUCGAGUAUUUGGGUAAAUUGACAGCAAAGGAAGUUACUGUUUAUGCUCUAGAUGAGGGAUCAGUGGCAUUUCCAAGAGUUCCAUUGAUUAAGCUUGAAGGUCCUCUCAUCAUUGUUCAAUUAUUGGAAACGACACUUUUGACAUUAGUUAACUAUGCCAGCUUAAUGGCAACAAAUGCAGCAAGAUACAGAAUAGUUGCAGGACCAGUCGUAAAGCUAUUAGAAUUCGGCCUACGUAGAGCUCAAGGACCCGAUGGAGGACUCUCGUCAUCAAAAUAUGCUUACAUUGGUGGAUUUGACGGAACUUCAAACGUUUUAGCUGGAAAAUUAUUCAAUAUUCCGGUGAAAGGAACUCAUGCUCACGCCUAUAUAACAUCAUUCUCAGGCUUUGAUGAGCUUACUAAUAAGGAACUUCCACACAAUCAUUCUGGCAUAACAGCUGAUUUGCUUGAACUUUCAAUAGAACAUCGUAGAAACUUGUCGAGUGUUUUGCAUAUCAGUACAGCAGAAGCAAAUGACGGUGAACUUGCAGCGAUGGUUUCAUUUGCGAUAGCAUUUCCGAAUGGUUUUAUGGCUCUCGUGGAUACGUAUGAUGUUAAACGGUGUUUUGUAAAACGUAGAUUCUCUGUCCAAAAUACAUUAAAUCAUCUAUAUGAAAGAGAAAAUGGAAAGCUACUUGAUCUAAAUCAUAAUUGUGUAGAUAAUGUGGAUAUUAGUUAUCCAUUUAUCAAACGUGUUGGGAACUCAUUAAGGAGUGGUAUACUAAAUUUCUGUUCAGUUGCACUAGCAUUAAAUGAUCAAGGAUAUAAACCUGUUGGAAUUCGAAUUGAUUCGGGAGAUUUGGCAUAUCUUUCAUGCUUAGCUCGACAAAGCUUUGUAAAAAUUGCUGAAGAUUAUGAUCUACCGUGGUUUGCGGAUCUCACAAUUGUCGCAUCCAAUGAUAUAAAUGAGGAAACAAUUUUGAGCUUGAACGAGCAAGGACAUAAGAUUGACUGCUUUGGAAUUGGAACGCAUUUAGUGACUUGUCAAAAGCAACCAGCACUAGGAUGUGUCUACAAACUAGUUGAAAUUAAUAAUCAACCACGCAUAAAAUUGAGUCAAGAUGUCGAUAAAGUAACAAUGCCUGGAAAGAAGACAGCUUUUCGACUAUAUGGAACUGAGGGAUGGGCUGUAAUUGAUAUUCUACAAAAAGAUGAUGAAGAGCCACCACAAGUUGGAAAGAAAGUAUUGUGUCGUCAUCCUUUCCAUGAAUCGAAAAGAGCUUUUGUGACGCCUGCAAGAGUUGAGACUCUCUAUAAAGUUUGGUGGAAAGAUGGCGCCAUUCGACAGCCAAUCCCAACAUUAGAGGAUGUUCGAAAUCGUGUACAAGAAUCGCUCCAAACUCUUCGACACGAUCAUUUAAGACACUUGAACCCAACACCGUAUAAGGUCGCAGUAAGUGAUAAUCUCUACAACUUUCUUCAUGAUUUGUGGCUCCAAAAUCAGCCGAUUGGGGAACUUUCGUGAUAAAACUGAAUCCCCGGAGUCAUCUUCAUUAUCAUCCUCUCCAUACCUUCAUGUUCAUAAUUUUUCUUUAUUAUUUUGGAUUGAUUUUUAAUUUCCAUUGUAAGAAUAUUUGAGCUUGUGGUUGAGAUAUUAAGAUAAAUUUGCCAAACAUCAGAGAUUUCCGGGUAGUUUGUUGUGUACUUGACACAAUCUUUAGGUUGUUUUGAAGAGUUUUUUGAAGAAACAUGGCAUGAGUUUUUUCUAUGGAAUUAUUCCUUACUAAAAAGCUUGUGCUUUUAAGUUGUGUUGGAAAUGAUCAAAUUAGUGAUCAAAAAAAAAGUUUUUAAUCAUAUUAGAGUUAUUGACGCAAAUAACGAAAGUUUGUUUGAUUUUUCAUAAAAGUCAUAUACAUACGUAACACAAAGUUUGAUUUUAGAGUACUUAGAGUGUGGUGAAUUGAUGAAAAAAAAAAGAUUUUUUGAGAGGGACAGUUUUAAGAUUUAAUACAUGAUUUAUAUGUAUACAGUAAUAUUGAUAUUAAAUUAUUCGGAUGAAUGAAAUUAAGGACAUGAAUCUACAAACUAGACAAAGCGCACUAAAAGCAACUAUAGAAUGAAUAUACAUAUUCCAAUUUAUUAGGAUAAAUCAAGAUAUACAUGCACACACACCUCAACACAUUUAGCACUGGUCAUAAUUUUUAUUCGUGAUCCUUACUUUCUACAUCAAUAUUUGACACAAAUAAAUUUAUUAAUAAUCAUUAAAGACAUUUAAGGCAUGAAUGACACAAAUUUACUGGUGCCUUAAGCAAGAUGUUCAAUUUUUAGUACAAUAUCGAAUAUUUGGAAAGUUAAACUAUUUAAUUAAUUAAGUUUUCUGCUUACCAUUAUGGAUUUUUUUUGUGCAUAUUUUUAGCCAUUUAUUUUAAAGAUAUCUUUAGCUUAGCCAUUAAAUUAAGUAAUUGAAAUUAGCAAGUAACUUU